CACCAAUGCUCGUGAAGGCCAGCAUCCUCCGCGUCUUCGCGGCAUUCGCCAUCAUCUGGGCAUCUCUGGCUUCGGUUGCCUCGGCCAUCGCCAACAUUCCAUUCGACGACGCUGUUCUUGGCCCAAAGAACAUCCUGGUCGUCACCGCACCAGCUUCCGGACACGCCAACCCGCUGCUCGUUCUUGCCUAUGAACUCGCCAGCCGUGGCCACAACAUCACUUUUGUCACAAGCACCAGCUACUCCGUUCCCGAGUACGGAAGAAAUUCGACCAUCCACUUCCAUCUGUUCCAGGAAGCAGUGCCCAUCGCCGCGGCAAUGGGUCAGGCCUCCAAGCAGAUUUCGAGCUCGUCUUCAUCCAUGUUUUCGAUCAUAAGUCGGAUCCAGAGCAUUCGGAUGAUGUCGAAGAUCUUGGGCCCACUUGAGUACCAGACGAUCCAGGAGGUCAUCACAAAGAUCGACACAAAGUCCACAGAUCUCAUCAUCGGCGGUAUCUUCUUCGGACCAGGUGCGGAUGUUCUUGGCGAGGUCCUCGGCAUUCCCGUCAUCCUCCACUAUCCGCUGAACUUCCGCAACCACCACAGCCCUUCGAAUUUGUACCUGGACAGCCUCACCAUCACCCCACACGACGGAGUCGCCGAUCCCAAGCUGACUGUCGCUUUCGUCCUCAAGGCGAUUCCCAUCCGCAUCGUCGGUCUCGUGGGCAGGAUCAUGCGUCGGAAUGAUAGGCGUCAGAUGUUCAAGUGGGUCAAGACCACCCUAUCCGAGCACCUUCCCCAGGUCCAGGGACCUCCUCAGCCCAUCGUCGGUCUCAUCAGCAACGAGUGGGGCUUCCAUCCGGCCCAGCUGACAAACCCCAGCAUGCGCAUGGGCGGCAUCUGGGUGCCUGCUGCCCAAGAUUUCCGCUUCCAUCCGGAGCUGAAGGAGUGGCUCGACAGCGCCGAGCGGCCUGUUGUCUAUGUCUCGACCGGCACCGUCGCCCAGCCCACGAACGAGACGCUGCUCGCCUUCUUUGAUGCCUUCAGCACGACCACCGAGUUCCAGACCGUUUGGUCGCUCAAGAAGGGUCUCCAGAGCAACCUGAAGGAGCUCCUGGGCGACCGUGAGUGGCCCAAGCACGUCUACGUCCACCACUUUGUCCCGCAGCUUGCUGUCCUCGAGCAUCCCUCUGUCAACGUCUUCUUCACCCACGGAGGCUGGAACAGCGUCUCGGAGGGUCUCUGGAGCGGCACGCCGAUGCUGGGAAUGCCAUUCUUUGGUGACCAGAACUACAACGUAGCCCAGUCUGUGAAGCUCGGCCUCGCCCUCAGCAUCGACAAAGCCAUCAUGACCACAUCGGACACAGCCGGCACCACCCAUUUGAUCCAGGAGAAGCUGCACUGCCUCAUCCGCGAGCCGUCCUUUGCCGAGCAAUCUCGCCAAGCCCGCCGCACCUUCCGGGCGAUGGGCGGCGUCAAGAAGGGUGCCGAUAUCGUCGAGGAGAUCCUCGAGAUCGGCAACACCCGGGCGUACGCCUUCCCAGACAACCUGGAUGCCGUCACGGCUGCGUUUGAGAUUCUGGCGGCCAGCGGUGCCAUCGCAGCCUUUGGUACCUACAAGCUCGGCUCCUGGGGAUUCAAGCGCUUGUUCAAGUCGGCCCCGAAGAAGAAGAUUGAGUGAGAGUGCUGUGUCGGCGGCUGUCGUUUCGGUCGGCACAAGAGCAGUAACAGAGUCGAUUUUCGCUUCGCUUUGUAUCAAAUACCGUAGUGCCUGGUCCAUGGACCGGUAUCAACAUUGGCACCAGCAACACAACACUGUGGGAUGAGCCUG